AUGGAGAAGGGGACCCGCCGCUCUCCGCCCUGCCACGCCGCCCUGCUCGCCUGGACAUGGCUCUUACUUCUCUCCUGCUCCCGCACCGGCGCCGAGAUAACUUGCGGCCCCUGCUCGUCUCCCUCCCGGCCUCGCCUCGGGCUGGAGCAGCGGCAAGCGGCCGGGGGCCGGGGCCCGGCGGUGCGGAGCCGGCGGGCGGCGGCGGGAGGCGGCCGGGGGCUGCCCUUGGCCGAGGGGCAGCGCGGAGCCAGGGCUCAGCCCCGCGGACCCCCGGAGGAGGGGAGAGCGGCGAGGCUGCGAGGGGCAGAGGAGCUGCGGCUGGGCAGCACCACCUUCGCCCUCACCGGGGACGCGGCGCACAACCAAGCCAUGGUGCACUGGUCCGGCCACAACAGCAGCGUGAUUCUCAUUCUGACAAAGCUCUACGACUUCAACUUGGGGAGCGUUACCGAGAGCUCGCUGUGGAGGUCAACAGACUAUGGCACUACCUAUGAAAAGCUAAAUGACAAAGUAGGCCUGAAGACUGUGCUGAGCUACCUUUAUGUCAGUCCCACUAACAAGAGGAAGAUCAUGCUUCUUAGUGAUCCAGAGAUUGAGAGCAGCAUUCUCAUCAGCUCUGAUGAAGGGGCUACGUACCAGAAGUACCGUCUGAACUUCUAUAUCCAGAGUCUGCUCUUCCACCCCAAGCAGGAGGAGUGGAUCUUGGCCUAUAGUCUGGAUCAAAAGCUGUACAGCUCCUUGGACUUCGGAAGAAAAUGGCAACUCAUGCACGAGCGGGUCACUCCAAACAGGUUUUACUGGUCAGUGGCGGGUUUGGAUAAAGAACCAGACCUUGUACACAUGGAAGCCCGGACAGCUGAUGGACACACCCACUAUUUGACCUGUCGGAUCCAGGAGUGCUCAGAGACCAAAAGGACUGGGCCAUUUUCACGCUCCAUUGACAUCAGCUCCCUUGUUGUUCAGGAUGAAUAUAUCUUCAUCCAGGUGACAACUGGUGGAAGAGCAAAUUACUAUGUGUCAUACAGACGGGAGCCUUUUGCGCAGAUCAAAUUGCCCAAAUACUCUCUUCCUAAGGACAUGCAUAUUAUCAGCACAGUUGAGAAUCAGGUGUUUGCAGCUGUUCAAGAGUGGAACCAGAACGAUACAUACAACCUGUAUAUCUCAGACACCCGAGGGGUUUACUUCACCCUGGCCUUGGAAAAUGUGAAAAGCAGUAGAGGACUGGAAGGGAAUAUCAUCAUCGACCUUUAUGAGGUAGCAGGGAUCAAAGGCAUAUUCCUGGCUAACAAAAAGAUAGAUGACCAAAUCAAGACUUUCAUUACCUACAACAAGGGCAGAGACUGGCGUUUGCUGCAGGCACCGGCCACCAGUCUAAGAGGGGAUCCUGUGGUUUGCCAGCUGCCCUUUUGCUCGUUGCACUUACACCUGCAGCUCUCAGAGAAUCCAUAUACUUCAGGAAGCAUUUCCAGCAAGGAGACAGCCCCUGGGCUGCUGGUGGCAACAGGUAAUAUUGGCCCUGAGCUUUCCUACACUGAUAUUGGCAUGUUCAUCUCUUCUGACGGUGGGAAUUCCUGGAGACAGAUCUUCGAGGAGGAAUACAACGUGUGGUUUCUGGACUGGGGAGGGGCACUAGUGGCCCUGAAACAAACGUCAGUGCCCAUCAGGCACUUGUGGGUGAGUUUUGAUGAGGGAAGAUCUUGGAGUAAAUAUGGCUUCACAUCAACACCGCUUUUUGUGGAUGGAUCCCUUGUAGAUUCUGGCAUAGAGACCCAGAUAAUGACAGUUUUUGGACACUUCAGUCUCCGUUCUGAAUGGCAGCUGGUCAAAGUGGACUACAAGUCUAUUUUCAGCCGGAGGUGUAACAAAGAUGACUACCAAACCUGGCAUUUGCACAAUCAGGGGGAACCUUGUGUCAUGGGAGAGAGGAAGAUCUAUAAAAAACGCAAGCCCGGAGCCCAGUGUUCCCUAGGUCGGGACUAUUCCCGAACAGUGGUAUCUGAACCGUGUGUCUGUGGUCAAGGAGACUUUGAGUGUGACUAUGGCUAUGAGAGGCACAGCAACAAUCAGUGUGUCCCAGCCUUCUGGUUCAGCCCAUCUUCCCUGUCCAAGGAUUGCAGUAUUGGUCAAAGCUACUUGAACAGCACUGGGUACCGAAGGAUUGUGUCUAACAACUGCACAGAUGGCUUGCGAGAGAAGUAUAUGGCCAAGGUGGAGAAAUGCCCUGGAAAAGCACCUCAAGGACUGCACAUCCUCACCGCUGAUGGAAAGUUGGUCACAGAGCAGGGGCAGAAUGCCACCUUCAUCAUCCUUAUGGAAGAGGGUGAUCUCCAGAGGACAAACAUUCAACUUGAUUUUGGAGAUGGCAUUGCAGUAUCCUAUGCAAAUUUCAGCCCUGUUGAGGAUGGCAUCCGGCAUGUGUAUAAGAGCGCUGGAAUCUUUCAGGUGACAGCCUAUGCAGAAAACAGCCUGGGCUCUGAUACUGCUGUCCUCUUCCUGCAUGUGGUCUGUCCGGUGGAGCACGUCCAUCUGAAUGUCCCUUUUGUUGCCAUCAGGAAUAAGGAUGUCAACAUUACCGCAGUAGUUUGGCCCAGUAAAGCAGGCACACUUACCUACUUCUGGUGGUUUGGUAACAACACCAAGCCCCUCAUCACCUUGGAAAGCAGCAUCUCCUACGUCUUCGCUGUGGAGGGGAUGAACACAGUCACUGUGCAGGUUGCUGCGGGCAACACCCUCAUCCAAGACACCAAGGAGAUCGCAGUGCACGAAUAUUUCCAGUCUCAACUCCUGUCAUUUUCUCCUAACUUGGACUACCACAACCCUGACAUUCCUGAAUGGAGACAAGACAUUGGCAAAGUCAUCAGAAGAGCUCUAGCACAGGUGACUGGUAUCCCUGAUGAACAGAUCUUGGUAGCUGUAUUUCCUGGGCUGCCUACUUCUGCUGAACUCUUCAUACUGCCCCGUAAAAAUACAACAGAGAUGAGGAAAAGCAGUGAGGCCGAUCUAGAGCAGGUUGUUGAAAUCCUUUUUAAUGCUCUCAACCAAAACCUGGUCCAGUUUGAACUGAAGCCUGGCGUUGAAGUCAUUGUGUAUGUCACUCAGUUAACAUUAGCACCCCUUGUUGAUUCCAGCACGGGUCACAGUAGUUCGGCGAUGCUGAUGUUGUUGUCUGUGGUGUUUGUAGGCUUGGCUGUUUUUUUAAUCUACAAAUUCAAGAGGAAAAUCCCUUGGAUUAAUAUCUAUGCCCAAGUUCAGCAUGACAAGGAGCAAGAAAUGAUUGGCUCUGUCAGCCAAAGUGAAAAUGCCCCCAAAAUCACUCUGAGUGAGUUCACAGACCCCGAGGAGCUGAUGGACAAAGAGCUGGACACGCGAGUGAUGGGAAGCAUCUCAACAAUUGCCAACAGUGAAAGCACAAAGGAAAUCCCCAACUGCACUAGUGUUUAA